AUAAAUGCCUAUUACAACAAAAUUUCUAUCUAUUACUAUUAUUUUCUAUCAUUAAUUAUAAACAUUAAGGUUUAAGCUUUUGUUAGUACGCCUAUCAUUUAUCUCACGAAAAAAAGUGAUGUAACUAUUGUCGAGAGAGAAGAAAUACGCUUGAAAAAGCUACUUAUUUUUUCGUCUAUUUCUUUUUAUCCGAAUUAUCGUCGGUCAGUUGUUGUAAACGGGCGGAAUAAAUCAGACCACAACGCUAACUAGUCGAAGAAUUCGUUUGAGUCUAACUAAAGAACCUGGCGCAUUGUUUCUUUUGCAUUUCUUUGAGUCUAUAAAGCAUUGUCUUGAUCGGUCAUCGAGUGCAGUAACCCGCGAGCUUUGGAUUAGAAGGUUCGUUGUUACUUUAUCAUCGUGAUAUACAACAUAGUAUAUCGAUAUAGACUUCGAAUCGUACUAUGAACGCGAUCAAGAAACGUUUGCAAACGUUGAAGGUCGAAAAAGAUUUGGCGAUAGAUAAAGCUGACGUGUGCGAUCGACAAGCAAAGGAAGCUAUUCGCAAGGAAGAAAAAUUAAAGGAUGGUGUAAGAGAACUUGCAAAGAAAUUCAUUCAAAUGGAACAUGAUUUACAAGUGAGCAAAAAACAAUUAAAAAAAUCGAUUAAGAGUCUUGAACUGAAGGAAAGUAUUUACAUCAUGGUCAGUGAACAAUUUACAAAAUAUCCUUCGUUUUCUUUCUUUUUUGUUUUGUUUUAUUUUUCUUGUUUUUAUAUUUUAAUCAUUAUCGAAUAUUUUCAGACGCAAUCCGAAUUGGCUAUAUUGAAUCGAAAGAUGCAACAGUGUGCGGAAGAUUUAGAAAAAUCUGAAGAAAAACGAUUAGUUGUACAAAAUAAGUUAACGGAAGCUAUGGAAACUGCGGAAGAUGCAAAACGAAUUUGUAAGGUAUUGGAGAAUAGAAGCAAAUUGGACGAGGAAAGGAUGGAUCAAUUAACAGCACAGUUAAAAGAAGCCAGACUUAUUGCUGAAGAUGCCGAUAUUAAAUCAGAUGAGAUUUCACGAAAAUUGGCUUUUGUGGAAGACGAACUUGAAGCUGCGGAAGACAGAGUUAAAUCGAGCGAAGGCAAAAUUGCCGAACGCGAGGACGAAUUGUUUAUCGUCGGUAAUAUAUUGAAAUCCUUGGAAGUAUCAGAAGAAAAGGCCAAUAGAAGAGUGGAGGAAUUCAAAGCGCAAUUGAAGGAAUUGAAAGUUAAAUUAAAAUUGGCUGAGAAGCGGGCAAUAAUAGCCGAGCAGGCCGUCAAGGUGCUUGUUAAAGAAUUAGAUUCGAGAGAAGGUGGGAAAAUUAAAUUGUCUUUUUCUGCUUCUUUCUUUUUUUUUUUUAUCUUAAAAUUUAACUUCUCGAAGAUAGUAACGUUUAUAUACUAUAUAUACUAUAUAUAUAUAUAUAUUUAUACGCAUGUAUAUGUUUCAGAUUAUUUGUUUAAAGAAAAGGAGAAAUAUAGGUAUAUGUGCAACGAUAUGGAUUCCACAUUUGCCGAACUUACAGGAUUUUAAAUAAUUCGAUCAUUGAUUGAAUACUUCAACUUCUCUCGUUAUCUUUUUCGUUUAGGAUGAUGUUUGUUGUAUACUUUUGUAUAUAAAGGAAAAAAUGAUAUUAUAACGAAACAAAAAAACGGAUUAUUUGUUUUACACGAUAUCAAUUUAUUUAAAUCGAUUCUAUGAUCGACGCAGUGCUUCGAAACUUCAUACCGUCGACUUUGAAUACGAUUAGAGUUGAAUAAUGUUCCAGUUCAAUUAUUUAUUUACGUCGUUUAAUCGCAGUCUCGCAACGGAAGAGAAACUUUUUGGCAGUUAGCGGAGAUAUCGGUUUAUUGACAAUUAAAAUCACGAUGAGCAUUGUCAUCUUUAUUUUUCAUUCUCUUCAUUUCAUUUUUCACUUAUUUUAGUUCGAGAUUAUGCUCCAAAAGGGGGAAAAGAGGGGGUUGGGGUAGGGGGAAAAGAGGGUAGGGAAAUAAGAUUCUUAGAUCGUUCACACAAGCAUACCACAUUCGCGCAAGAUACUUCUUUUUACAACGACAUUAAUAAUAGUAUAGUAAUAAUCGUUUGUUUGAUUUGUUCUCACAUAUCAUUUUGUCUUUUUUCAUCGUUUUGCGCGAGAAAGUCGACGAUCGAAAGAAGACGAUAAAUUCGAAUCGCGAUCGGAAACUGGAUCGAACGCCAACGAAUAGUUUUUUUUUUUUUUUAAUUGUAACUUUCAAAGAUAUAUUAUUCGUAAGGAGAUCAAUAGAAUCGAUCGAUCCAAUAUGAUAAAACAUAUGUAUAUAAAUACCGUACGCUAUACUUACGAGGGUCGUUUAUACAAAUAAGUUUGCGAGAUUUAAAUCGUGUCAUAGAAUGAUGAUUAUGAUGAUGAGAUGAUGAGAUGAUGAUGAUUAAUCGUUGCGAGAAACUGAAUAGAUUCAAAAUGACACAGUUAAAAAUAUACGACGAACAUAUAUUGCAUUUAAUGUAAAAAUUGUUUUUUUGAUUUCAUUUUUUUAGAAGAAGAAAAAUUCCAUCAUUUUGUUUUCCUAGAAAUAUCUCGCCAACGUAUUUAAUGAACGGCCAUCGUAUUAAUCCCGCAAUUGUAAAUUCGUGACACUGUAAAUCUUUCCACCGAAUUGUCAACGUAGCAAAAAAAAAAAGGAUGAUCGACCGAGAAUUCGAUCGCAAUGAAAAAAUGUACAAAAAUUCGGUGGACGAUCA